AUGCAGAAGCACGACAAACCCUUCACUAAAGUUAUCAACCCACUUAGGGCGAUACACCCUAUCGCAUCACCCAGUCUUGGUUUUAUAUGCCAAUUGAUUGUCUACUACAAACGUGGAUUCAAGGUAUCCGAUCAAAAUACAUUCUGGGCCGAGUAUCGCAACCUGCUACGCAUAGUUGACCACGAUCGUCUAGAAGAAUAUGAAACGAGACAAACCUGCAAUGACGACAAUGUCGACCGAUCUGCAGUUUAUAGUUGCGCUAAAUGCAGACAAACACUGUUUUACGGUGCGAAUGUCGUCCGACACGUACCCGCAUCAGGUUCAGACGAAUUUGGUACUGAACCUUGCAGCAGCAUUUUCGUCGAGCCUAUGGACUGGAUGGUGGGAAUGGAUGCACAAAGUGGCAAGAUAACGUGCAAAAAUUCACGGUGCUCAUCUAAGCUGGGAUAUUACUGCUGGCACGGUCGCCGGUGUUCCUGCGGACACUUACAAAUACCCGCAUUCCAGAUCCAACUGUCUAAAAUAGAUAAACUGCCUGUGGAAUCGCGCUUAGGCGGAUCUACGCCCAAUCGAAACGAUGAUUUGCUCUAA